UUCAUUUAGGUGUAUUGCAUAGCUUACUCACUUGGCAUGGCGGGAUUACCAUGGGUUAUCAUGUCUGAGAUAUUCCCUGUGAACGUUAAAGGGUCAGCCGGGAGCCUGGUGACAUUCGCCAAUUGGUCCUGUUCCUGGAUUGUGACUUAUACUUUCAACUUCAUGUUCGAAUGGAGUGCACCAGGGACAUUUUUCAUAUACGCGUGCAUAUGCGGUUUCGCAGUCUUGUUCACCAUGAAGGUAGUGCCCGAGACCAAGGGUCGAGCAUUGGAAGAGCUGCAGGCAUCACUUGCCCAUUUUCUUUAAUGAUUAUG